UCGGGUUUCCUCUUCGAGUGGGUUUUAUUAUUUUUUUUCCACCGACUUCCUUCCUGUUCUAACUGCCAGAGCCGAGAAGGAGGAGCCGCCGGAAAGCAGAGGCCCAGAGGCGCCCGCUGCCAACCGUCGUCGUCUCCCCCCGCGACGGGCGAGAGAACCCACCGUGACCAUGACGGAGAAAAGCCCGGAGCCCCGCCUGGAGGAGGAGGAGGAGGAGGACCAGCUGGACGGCAAGCUCAACUACAAGCCGCCCCCUCAGAAGUCCCUGAAAGAGCUGCAGGAGAUGGACAAGGACGACGAAAGCCUCGCCAAGUACAAGAAGACCCUGCUGGGGGAUGGACCCGUCGUGGCAGACCCCAACGCCCCCAACGUGACGGUGACCCGGCUCACCCUGGUGUGCGAGACGGCCCCGGGACCCAUCACCAUGGACCUGACCGGGGACCUGGAAGCCCUUAAGAAGGAGACCUUCGUUCUCAAGGAGGGCGUGGAAUACCGAGUCAAAAUCCAUUUCAAAGUCAACAAGGACAUUGUGUCCGGCCUUAAGUACGUGCAGCACACCUACCGGACGGGGGUGAAAGUGGACAAAGCGACGUUCAUGGUGGGCAGCUACGGCCCUCGGCCCCAAGAGUACGAGUUUCUGACCCCUCCGGAGGAGGCCCCGAAGGGCAUGCUGGCUCGGGGCACCUAUCACAACAAGUCCUUCUUCACCGACGACGACAAGCACGACCACCUCACCUGGGAGUGGACCCUGUCCAUCAAGAAGGAGUGGACCGAGUGAGCCUCCCGGCCGCCCCCUCCCAGACCCUCCCGCCUCCCGUCGGGUGGGGGACCCGGCCGGCCCCCCGCCCGCCCAGCUCUGCUGCCCCUCCUCCUCCUCUGGACCUCGGCCCAGCCCCUCUUCCCGAUGCCCCCGGCCCUGUCGACCCCCGACUCGCCCUCUGGCCCAGCUCAAAGCCCUCCUCGUGCAC